UCCAUGCUGUACCUUAUAUUGAAUAUUUUUUAUAUUUAGUUAAUGGAGCAUAAUUUCAUCCAUCUACAGGAGUUAAGGAAAAGUGUGGCUCCAACAGCUCCAUCUAAAGCUAUUUAUCUUUUCUACAUUAACUUGGAUCAGGUGGUUAGAUCGACAAUUCUACUGUGUCAGAAAAGUCUAUGUAACCUUAAAUCCAGAUCAGAACAGGACACCGAGGAGAAUUCUAGACUACUGGAGAAGUAUGCUAGAGUUGAUGGAAUAUUAGAAACAUUAAGAGCAGAGGGAGGUACUCAGGAACAAAUAGAAGAGGUCGAAGAGAUGUUAACUCCACCUGAAAGAGAUUCUAUACUUAAACUCCAGUACAGAACAGAGCAGCUAAAUCUAGCCCAGGUAUUCUUAAAUCUUCUCUUUGAACAAUAUAAAGCAAUACCCCCAAAAAAAAUGUCGCGGAUUUCUGAGCAAUCUUUCAUAAAUCAUCCCAGGAGUGGCCUCAAGAAUUUUGAGCUUGACAGUUUCAGCCGUUUUUACUCUUAUCUUAUCAGAUAA